UCUAAAGCAAGAAGAAGACGCGCUUAGCAACAAGCUAAGAAAGCACAUCUAUCCGUGAACUCGGAUUAAAGUCGCGCUCAGAGACACGCCGAGGGGGUCGACACGUUUCCGAAGACGGAGCCGCUUCACGAGUUGACAUUUUGGGGACAGAAAAAAUAAAUAAACAUGUCGUGAGCUCCUACAAGUCAGAGGCGAAUAUUUUAGCGAGACGUUAGCUAGCCUGGAGGAGAGCUAGCGUGUGUGUGUGUUGAAAAAAAAGAAGGAAAGAAAGAGCGAAGUAUCUGGGUAGCAAUCGACAACAAUUUUCACACUUUCGAUCAUUUUCUCCCCUGGGAUUGGGAUGGUGCUUUUGAUCGACGGAAGUACUCAUGGUGUGAAAGGGUUGAAGACGGAGCAGAGGGGACAUCUCUGUAGGAUCUGGACUGGUUCAGGGAGCGGCGCUCAUCUACUGGAUGUGUGUUUUUGUUCUGCAGCAAGCUGACUGUUUUCUUUAAUCCCGCGGGAUUUCCUCUCUUAACAAAUCGAAAAAAUAAAGCAUUUACAGAAGAACGACUUAAGUCGAUAGAUUUUUUUUAAUGAUUGUUUUUAGCAUUUUCCUCCUCACCAGCUCACUGCAUUUGGAUCCUGGACUGCACUGGUUUAUCUUACAGGAUUUGGCCUGUAAACACUCCUAACACUGUGCAACACACCAGACUGGGAUUUAAAGGAAACUGGGAAUGAAAUGUUCCUGCAUCAGUUGUGCUUGAGUUCAAAUCUAACUGAAUAUUCAACAGGAGACUUUUUCUAGACAUGACCUGAAGCUGAAGUGAAGUUAACCCAGUUCAUCCAGUCUUUUCUUUGUAUUUUGCUCACAUCCCAUCACAAAGGAACUAUUGCAAAGACAAACAAACACAAAAAGAGAAAAUAUUUCAUGUUGACCACAAUAAUACUCCGGAAGCAUGAUGAUCCUGAGCAGAAAACCAGAUGGUCCGGUCACAGCAGCUCGACACGGAGACGGUCUGUAUGACUCUUACAUGCGCACGGACCACAUCGUGAAUGAAGAAGCUGACCUGAACGGACAGAGCCCCGGCGCCCUGCCCCCAUUGCACAAACACACAGCUGUAAACAAGCCAAUGAUGAAGGAUCAUCUUGGGGUUCGAGGAGGUCAGAUAAAGAUGAAGUAUCUAUAUGAGGAUUCGUACAGCCACAAGUCUAGUGGUGUAAGCCACCACAACGGUACCAGCCACACCCCUGCCAAGCCCCACUCUGUCCUCUCCAAAGAGCGGAGCACGGACAGCAACAGUUCAGCCAAAUCCUCUGAAAGCUCCAUGAAGCCAGCCAAGCCGGGGGGUCCACUAAGCCCAGACCAGGCAGUGAAGCAGUAUAGGCAACAGUUGAGUGCACUAGAACAACAGGAGAUCCUUAAUUAUCCUGAGAUUUAUUUUGUGGGACCAAAUGCCAAGAAGAGACAAGCAGUUGCAGGAGGCUCUAACAACUCUGGAUAUGAUGAUGACCAGGGAGGAUAUAUCCACGUGCCACACGACCAUAUUGCCUAUCGUUAUGAAUUCCUAAAGGUAAUCGGUAAAGGAAGCUUCGGCCAAGUGGCGAAAGUCUACGACCAUAAGUUACAUCAGCAUCUCGCCCUAAAGAUGGUGCGCAAUGAGAAACGCUUCCACCGGCAAGCAGCAGAGGAGAUCCGAAUUCUCGAGCACCUGAAAAAGCAAGACAAGACAGGUAGCAUGAAUGUAGUCCAUAUGCAAGAGAACUUUACCUUCCGCAAUCAUAUCUGCAUGUCCUUUGAGCUGCUUAGCAUGAAUCUCUAUGAACUCAUCAAGCGCAAUAAAUUCCAGGGCUUCAGCCUGCCUUUGGUACGCAAGUUCGCCCACUCCAUCUUGCAGUGUCUGGAGGCUCUGCACCGCCAAAAGAUUAUCCACUGUGACCUAAAACCAGAGAACAUUCUCCUCAAGCAGCAGGGUCGGAGUGGUAUCAAGGUCAUCGACUUCGGUUCCAGCUGCUUUGACCACCAGCGCGUCUAUACCUAUAUUCAAUCCAGAUUUUACCGAGCGCCUGAGGUCAUCCUUGGCUCACGCUACGGCAUGCCCAUAGACAUGUGGAGCUUCGGCUGCAUUCUUGCUGAGCUCCUGACAGGAUACCCUCUCUUUCCUGGUGAGGAUGAGGGUGACCAGUUGGCCUGCAUGAUGGAGCUUCUUGGAAUGCCGCCUCAAAAGCUUCUUGAGCAGGCCAAGCGUGCCAAGAACUUCAUUAACUCCAAGGGGCAUCCGCGUUACUGCACCGUCACCACACUCAGCAAUGGCGCCUUGGUGCUUAACGGGAGUCGCUCCCGGCGAGGCAAGAUGCGGGGUCCUCCGGGCAGCAAGGAAUGGGUGACGGCACUUAAGGGCUGUGAUGACCCCACCUUUAUUGACUUUCUGAAGAAGUGUCUGGACUGGGAACCCAGUUCGCGCAUGACGCCGGUUUUGGCCUUGCGACACCCCUGGUUGUACAAGAGACUACCCAAGCCUGUGCCUGGUGGAGAAAAGACCUUGGUAGCUAAGCGGAUUACCGAGCAUGGCACUACCUUCCCCAGCAUCGUCCCUAAGGUUCCUCCUGUGAUGGGCCCAACCAAUAACAAACUGAGGACCAACAUGAUCGGGGACUCUGGUGGGAAUAUAGCGUUGCGUACAGUGCUACCAAAGCUCGUUUCAUAGAGCUAAUCACCUAUUCAGGGAUAAAGACUAUAAUGUAGCAGAAUUUUUUUAGCGUCGGAUUUAAUUUGUUUUUGUUUUCUUUUUUAAAUAACGUGUGGCAAUACUCAGUGUUUUGACUUUGUUUUUUUAAAUAACGAAGUGCAAAAAUACACAUUUUUAUAUGGCAGUUGAAAAGUAGUUUUUGUUUUUUUGAAAUGGCCUUUGAAAGGGCAUUCAGAAAUGUACUAAUUCAGUUUUGUUUUUACACUUUUGUCAGGAAUGGAAUGCUACUCAUGUGCACAAGUGGGUGAAAAUAUUAUACUGUACCCUUAAGGGUUUUUACACUAUUGCUAAUAAGACAAACUGUUUUUCUAAGGGCUGCCUUUUAAAUCUAUACUGUUAAGAAAAAUACUGGGUGUUUUUUUUUUUUUAUUAUCCUAAAAUCUGAUCGAAACUUGUUAGAUAGAUGUACAGGAACUAUCCUCACUGCGUUGUUCCAGCAAACACAAUACAUGUAAUAAUUUUACUUCAAGGAUUGUUACAGUCAAUUUUGGGUUUCGAUUUUCGUUUCUCUCUGCUCAGAAUUGUGACACUAGAGCGUGAGUCAUGUGGGAAGUUCUGUCCUCCUCAUGUGCUCAUUUAGGCCAAAACACUGUGCAUUUCUAGAAUGAACCAGACUCUAGUGUUUCUCUAGUAGGGAGAUUUUAAUUUCCUUUUUUUCUUCCCAUCAUCUUCCAAGAAGCUGUUGCAAAAGAGAGCUUAGAUGCCCUAAAGUCAGGUAAUAAUAAUAAUUAAAAAGUUAGGUUGUAUUGGGAACAGCAAAGUGCACCAGGUGUGUUAAGGUGUGUUUUUCUGUUGUUUGUUGGUAGGGUUUUUUUAUUUUGGCUUGCAGAAAAUUCAGUUGGUUUUUGAAAGCUGUCAGUCAGGUUAUGCGUGAAAGAAAAAAAGCAAGAUGACAAGUGGGCCUGUGUGAAUGCACUCGGGAUGUUGUGCUUGUGCUUUCAAGCUGUGAUUGUGAGCUAGGUGUUCCUGGCCAUGUUAUCUCUUAAUUAUAUAUAUUGCUGGAUCUAGAUUAAGAAUAAACCAAUCAGGGAGGCUCUGUACAUCUU